GCCGUGACCUUGCGCCUCACGCCUCGUCUCAAAUACGGGGGGAACCUGACCCCCCGGGUUGUAAUUUAGAGCCAGUGACUUGCCAGAACCAACAAAGUGUGGAGUUGCUGUCCAUCAGCAUGGCAGGAAUGGCAGAUUAUGGCAUCUCAGCUGGCCAGUUUGUGGCCGUGGUCUGGGAUCAGUCAUCCCCCCUGGAGGCUCUGAAAGAUCUGGUCGACAAGCUUCAAAAGUUAACAGGUGAUGAGGGCCAAGUGUCUGUGGAAAACAUCAACCAACUGUUGAAAUCUGCCCACAAAGAAUCUAGCUUUGAUAUUAUUUUGUCGGGUGUAAUUCCUGGAAGCACCACUCUGCACAGCACUGAGAUUUUGGCUGAGAUGGCCCGGAUCCUGCGGCCUGGUGGACGUCUUUUUCUGAGAGAGCCAGUAGAGACAGCUGUAGUUAACAACAGCAAAGUGAGGACGACAUCUAAGCUGUGUUCGGCCCUGACUCUUUCUGGUCUCGUGGAAGUGAAAGAGCUGCAGCAGGAGUCCUUGAGCGCCAAGGAGAUACAGUCUGUCCAAGAACACCUGGGUUACCAAAGUGACAACUUGCUCUCUGUGCACAUCACAGGCAAAAAACCCAACUUUGAAGUGGGUUCUUCUAGUCAACUGAAGCUUUCUCUGGCCAAGAAGUCUUCUCCCCCGGUGAAGCCUGCUGUGGACCCUGCAGCGGCCAAGCUCUGGACCCUGUCAGCCAAUGACAUGGAGGACGAGAGUGUGGAUCUCAUUGACUCAGAUGAGCUGCUAGAUCCAGAAGAUUUUAAGAAGCCAGAUCCAGCUUCCCUGCGGGCUCCUUCAUGUGGAGAAGGGAAAAAGAGGAAAGCCUGCAAGAAUUGCACCUGUGGCCUCGCGGAAGAACUGGAAAAAGAGAAGUCAAGGGAACAGGCGAGCUCCCAGCCCAAGUCGGCUUGUGGAAAUUGCUACCUGGGCGAUGCUUUCCGCUGUGCCAGCUGCCCCUACCUUGGCAUGCCAGCCUUCAAGCCUGGGGAGCAGGUGCUCCUGAGCAACAACAACCUCAGUGAUGCCUAGGAGGGACUUAACAUAGUGCACAUUGGCUCCUCCAGCCAACUCCUGUCCCUCAAGUCCCACAAUUGUGGUUCCUCCCACCUCCUCUGCAUUUGCUCACUCUCUGCUUGAAGUCCAUCUGCAGGGAGCGUGCUUGGUAAACAGAGUGGAGCUGGCUAUGGGGUGCAGUGAUGUGCGGUGGUGCUAUGUAUCAAAAGACCUACUAUAAUGGGACCUGGUUACUCUGAGUGGGGGGACCUGUUUCUCCACCUCGUAUUAGGGAACAUGUGCUGGAGAGGCCAUCUCCUGAUAUUGCAAUGCUGACCUAACACUCAAGAGCCCAGAUGUCCUUGAGUAUUAACACUCUGUGACAGAGAGGACCCCUACCCCAGUUCUAAGCUCAGCAAUAGUGCCACUACUUGCCUUCCAGAGUUGAUGGUUUACUCAGUUAUUGGUGAGUACCAACUGCACUGAUGCAGUUAUUGGUGACAUGAGUCGUGUCUCAUGGCUCAGGGCAUCAGAAGAAUCACCCGUUGGUUGCUGUGAUCAUAUUCAGUGUCCCUCUGUCCCUUCCAUCCCUACCUCACCCCUGUCCUACUGUGUUAUAUCCGUCUUGUUUCUGUUCAUCUAUCGUUAUUAAAGUUGGGUACUUCUGCA